AUGAAUAGGUUACGCGAGAGGCACGACACGCACAUGACGCAGGUGGACCGGAUAACGGAGUGGCUCACCGCGCGGGGGGUGGACAUGACCUCCGUCAUGCGAGACGAUGCGACACAGGACCACGUGCGCGAGGCAGAUCUUGUGCUGGCGCUCGGAGGUGACGGCACCACCCUCAUCGCGUCGCACCUCAUCCGCGACCGCGCCGGCCCGCCCCUGCUCGGAGUUAACACCGACAGGGCAUCCAUCAACGACCUCGCGACGCUCUAUCGAUCCAGCGAACCCGUGGACAUGCGACGUAGCACCGGGCAUCUCUGCGCCACGACCGCCAGCGGGGACAUGACGAAGGUGCUCACCGAGGUGCUCAACGGCGACGUCGCCCCCACCGAGCUCGCGAGGAUCCGUUGCGUCGUGGCGGGCGAGGAGCUGGCGCCCGCGCUCAACGACGUGCUCAUCGCGCAUCCGUCCCCGGGGGCGGUGUCGAGGUACAGCGUCCACGUGGGAGGUGCGCUGGGACCGCCGUUGUGGUUCCACGUGCGGAGCAGCGGGCUUCGCGCGUGCACCGCGAGCGGAAGCACCGCCGCGAUGCGAAGCGCGGGCGGGGAACCGAUGCAUUACCUCUCUCGGCGGAUGCAGUUCAUGGAUCGCGAGCCCAUCUACCACGACCACGCGCCGCCCCCGAGCGACGGGCACGGGUUCUACGAGGAGGGCAAGGAGAUGUGUCUGCGAUGGAAUAGUAGAGUCGGGACGGUGUACCUGGACGGCGCACACGUGACGCACGCGGUGAAGAUGGGAGAUAGAGUAACGCUCAGCACGAACGCACCGCCGUUGAGGCUGUUCACGAGCGCGUGGUUCAGGCGGAAUCAUGCCGACCGAUGGCCUACGUUGCGGAAGCCGGACUCGGCGGGCGAGGAAGACUGGAUCAUAGAGUGA